UGUGAAAGGAGACGAAGUGAACCAUUAAGACAUUGAAAACAACUGAAGAAUGCACAAUUAAAGGAACAAGCUUCUUUUAGUAUGAAGCAAAGCCCGGCCAUAGAAAACAAGGAAUUGGACAAUUUAUGCGGAGUGGACCUGCCAUGUUAAGAAGAUUCUUUAGAAGAGUUCUGGGGUUAGCAGGCUUUACUAUUCAAUAUGGUUGCAUUGUGCAUUGCACUUUUGAGUACCUUGGAGAAAUCGUUAUGUGCUCUGGCCCCUCCAUGGAGCCUACAAUUAGGACGUAUGAUGUAAUUAUCUGUGAAAAACUCAGUCGACAGUUUUACCGCAUUGACAAAGGUGAUAUUAUAAUUGCUAAAAAUCCAAACGACCCCAAGAUGAGCAUCUGCAAAAGACUGAUUGGUCUGGAAGGAGACAAAGUGUGUACGAGUGGCCUACAUGAUCUCUUUAGGAGUCAUAUAUAUGUACCAAAAGGCCAUGUUUGGCUGGAGGGUGAUAACCUCCACAAUUCCACUGAUUCCAGAAAUUAUGGACCAGUUCCUUAUGCACUGAUACGGGGUCGUGCAUGUUUCAAGAUUUGGCCUCUACAUGAGUUUGGUGUUCUGCGAGAAAGCCCUAAUGACUGAAUUCUUCCCCAAAAACAAAGUAGACAAAGAAUAUGUAGUUUUUUAGUGAAAGAAUUUUUCCUUCGGUUGUCAUAUCACAAGCCCAACAGUUCUUUUCCUAACGUAGAGUUGACAAGCACUUUGCAAGUGGAUAAAGUGUUAGUGGUUUCUGUGAAACAAUGCACUGUACUUGAACUGUUUAUAAUAAAGAUAAAUUAUGCUACAAAAGGGA